CUCACAUCUCGUCCGAGACUCGCGAAGAGAGGACGGACGCACUCAGAGCGGCGCUACACAUCGCAAGAGGAGGAGGAGGAGGAGAGCGAGAAGGAUGCUGAAGUCGCAGUGACAUCUACCCCACUCGCAUUGAGAACACCAGAAAGACUCCCCUUGUCUACCUUAUCAAUCAUUCCCGUGGAUAAAAACUAAAUAAAUAAGGGGGAUUGCUCCGAACUGGACUGGACCACCAAGCUGCGGAUGUUUUAUUUCUUGGCUGUGAAGGAUUUUUUUUUUUGGUCUCUCUUGCUUGGGACGCGCACGGACUCACAGAGGCUGAUUGUCGAGCCGAGAGGACUUUCAUUGGAUGUGACGCCAGUAAUGAGCUAAAGGCUCGGAGGAGAAAACGACGCCGACAACUGUCCCGCGUGAAAUCAAACUCCCAACAUUCCCUUCGCCAAACAGGAAGUCACCUCAGUGGGGGCUGAGCUCCACUGAGAGGAACAAGAGAGAGAGAGCGGUCGGCUUCCAUGACGAUGAUGAUGCUGAGGGUGUUCCUGGUGUUAGCGGGACUCUGCGCCCUUUGUAGCCUAGCAACGGCGAGUCGGAGAGGGCACGACUCCUUCGGUCAUCGCCCCCACAGACAUAGACAUGCAGGUCACACGUCGAUGCACAGACACCGGCCCAGGGUGGGCAAGGAGGGUCAGGUGCUGCACAGGUCCAAAAGAGGUUGGGUCUGGAAUCAGUUCUUUGUCAUUGAGGAGUACACAGGACCAGAUCCAGUUCUGGUGGGAAGGCUCCACUCCGACGUGGACUCGGGCAACGGCAACAUCAAGUACAUCCUCUCGGGCGAGGGCGCGGGAACCAUCUUUGUCAUCGACGACAAGACGGGCAACAUCCAUGCCACCAAGACGCUGGACCGCGAGGAGCAGGCUCAGUACACGCUGACGGCGCAGGCGGUGGAUCGAGAUACCAACAAGCCUCUGGAGCCGCCCUCAGAGUUCAUCGUCAAGGUGCAGGACAUCAACGACAACCCGCCGGAGUUCCUGCACGGGCCCUACUACGCCAGGGUGCCCGAAAUGUCCAACGUCGGUACGUCGGUGAUGCAGGUAACGGCCACCGACGCCGAUGACCCCACGUACGGGAACAGCGCCCGCUUGGUGUACAGCAUCCUGCAGGGACAACCGUACUUCUCAGUGGAGCCUCAAACAGGCAUCAUUCGCACGGCGCUGCCCAACAUGGACCGCGAGGCCCGGCAGGACUAUGAUGUGGUGAUCCAAGCCAAGGACAUGGGCGGCCACAUGGGCGGCCUGUCCGGGACCACCGAAGUCAAAAUCACACUCACCGACGUCAACGACAACCCACCCAAGUUUCCGCAGAGCGUGUACUCCAUGGCCGUACCGGAGGACAAAGUCGAGGGUGAGGAGGUGGGCCGUGUCAAGGCGAAGGACCCCGACAUGGGUGACAACGGGAUGGUCAACUACCGACUGACGGACGGAGACGGUCUGGGGAUGUUUGAGCUCAGCACCGACUCGGAGACCAGGGAGGCCAUCAUCAAGCUCAAAAAGCGAGUGGAUUUUGAGACCAAGCGGUCGUACACGCUGAAGGUAGAGGGAUACAACGUGCAUGUGGAUCCCCAAUACCUGGCCUGGGGGCCAUAUAAGGAUGAGGCCACGAUAAAGAUUUCAGUGGAGGAUGCAGACGAGCCACCCGUAUUUGUGGCACCCUCGUAUACCUUUGAGGUGGAGGAAAACGCCCCCGCUGGUACUCAGGUGGGACGCGUCCACGCCAAGGACACGGACAUUGCCAACAACCCAGUCAGGUACAUGAUUCCGCGUUACACGGACGUGGAGCAGUUCUUUAGCGUCAACUCGGAGGAUGGCAUGAUCACUACCACCAGACCGUUGGAUCGAGAGACUCAGGCUUGGCACAACAUCUCUGUGUCGGCCACUGAGAUUGGUGGCCACCACCAGGACACCAAAGUGCGCGUGAACAUCAAAGUGAAAGACAGGAACGACAACGCUCCAGAGUUUGCCACCAACAACGAAGUGCUCAUGUGUGAAAGCGUUGCACCGGGAAAGGUCAUCGAAACAGUCAGUGCAGUCGACAAAGACGAGAUGGCUCAUCGUCAACAUUUCACCUUCCGCCUGGCGCCAGAGGUGGCCCACAACCACAACUUCUCCCUUAAAGACAACAGAGACAGCACGGCCAGCAUCUACGUGCUGCGUAAGGGAUUCAGCCGUCUGACGCAGGACGUCUACUUCCUGCCGGUGGAGAUCAACGACAACGGCGUUCCGGCCAUGAGCAGCACCAGCACGCUGACGGUGCGCAUGUGCUCCUGCGACAGCAGGGACACCAUCUUGUCCUGCAACGUGGAGCCCUACGUGCUGCCCGCCGGCCUGAGCACAGGCGCGCUCAUCGCCAUCCUCGCCUGUAUCGUCAUCCUCCUGGUCAUCGUGGUGUUGUUUGUGGCACUGCGGCGCCAAAAGAAAGAGCCUCUGAUCGUCUUUGAGGAGGAAGACAUCCGAGAGAACAUCAUCACCUACGACGACGAGGGCGGCGGUGAGGAGGACACGGAGGCCUUUGACAUCGCCACGCUGCAGAAUCCAGACGGCGCCAACGGCUUCCACCCUAGGAAGGACAUGAAACCGGAGCUCCAGUUCCCCCUGCGUCCCGGUGGCCACCCCGCAGCCAACAGCGUGGACGUGGACGACUUCAUCAAGACGCGCGUCGCCGAGGCCGACGGCGAUCCCACCGCGCCGCCCUACGACUCCAUCCAGAUCUACGGCUACGAGGGUCGCGGCUCCCUGGCCGGCUCGCUCAGCUCUCUGGAAUCGGUGACCACCGAAUCUGACCUGGAUUAUGACUAUCUGCACAGCUGGGGUCCACGCUUCAAGAAGCUGGCCGAUUUGUACGGCACCAAAGACUGCUCGGUUCACGACGGCGAUGACGACGAUGACUGUUAACGGUGGACCUCCUCCAGAAUAACAACAAAUUCCGAUGAUUCCAUGAGGAUUUUUGCGCCGACGCCUUCCCAACUUUCUCCCAUUUCCUCCCGAGUAACAAAUGCCGAGAGCUCCCGACUUUACUGCUUACGGACCGGAGCGGAAUCGGGCGGGGAAAAAAAAUGUAUCACUUCACCAGUGUGUGUUUGGAAUUUACUUAGUGCAAAAAAAACAAAAAAAAAAACUGUUUAGCUGAAAUUAGAGGUUGUGUACACUUUUGUGGACUGGAUUCACAAACGUCCUCGAGGUUUUACCCCCUUGACGGGGUCCUCCAGAUCGCCGUCCGAGCCGGACCGACGGUCCCGCCGUUUGUUGUUGCUGUGCGAUACUGCUAAGGACUCUCUGGGUUGUUGAUACUGUCUUGGCAGUACGGUGGCCUUAAAAUAAAUCAACAACAACUCCGGAGGCCAACACACACGAUACGAGACCAACGACGUAAGACGCUUCAGUAGCUGAGAAAACCAGGACUGAAUCCCUGUGGUGAAAAACAAACAACAACAAAAACAAGACGGACCGGAUUGGACGUACAAAACGGUGGAUGACGAUUUGUUUUGAUCCCUCGAUUUGUGUCCUAUCAAUCAUUUCCACUUAGGGUUGCAAAAGGGUGAAAUAUUUCCAGUGAAUUUCCACCGGAAGUUAAACUGGGGGAAUUUUGAAAAAUAUUCCAAACUGGAAACUUUUCACAGGAAUUUCUUUUCAAUCCAAAGGUAAUUCUUCAAGCAUUAAUAUAAAGAUUUGUUUUACCACAAGUAGACAACCUCAAAUGAUCUCCUUGCCCAUCUGCAACUACCUUAACUCAUUCACUCUGCCAUUGCCGUCAACAUCGAUUUUAACUGAGCUGGCACUGAAUGAGUUGAGAGGCAUCUUUUUCCAUCUUGUAAAUUCCUGGGUUAGUGUCAUUUCUUUAAAUAAUUCCCAUUCGUCCCCAUGGAAAAUUUCCAAUUUGAAAAAAUUGCCACAAUUUUGCAACCCUACUUCCGCUGAUGAUGAUGAUCAAUCAUAAACGAGUAAAAAAAAACCUGUGAGAUCUUAAAUACCGCCUUAACGGACACUCGCCGUGCAUUCUAUCCAUCCGUUGUUGUGUUUUGUUCAUUUGAUUAUUUCCGAGUCAAAAAACGCAAGCUAGCUAGCCUCCGUGUUUGCAAGAGAAUGUGCAAAACGAGUGGAGCGUUACACUCGUUGGAAACAAACAGGAUGUGACGUGUUUUCUGAAAGGCCGGGCGACAUCUGUUGCAUCAACAUGUGUUGCAAUCAUUUCAGGAAACACAUAUACCCCGUCCCCCCGAGAAGCCAGGACGUCAUUUUUUUUAAGUGGUUAAAUUUCAUUUUUUAAUUAUUAUAUUAUUAUUAUUAUAAUUAUUAUCACUUUGUUUUUUAUCAGUAUUAUCAUUAUUAUUGUUAUUUGGACUGUUGUUACUUUUGGCGACACGUUUAACUCUUUGGCUGGUGUACCGCCCAAAUGUUAAGCGUUGGCUUGUUUUGCUUCCUUUGCCUUUUUUUGUUUUGCUUGUUUUCCGUCAUUUGGCGUUUCAUCGCGGUUCCUCCCCGCUCGAGGAAUCCGGCGAAGCGACCUGUUUGUCGCUCAAGAGAAAAACGCCUGGUUUUUAUUCUUCAGUCGAGUUUUAUGGUACCGAUUUGUACAAUUUUAAAAGUUCUUAUUUUUUAGUAUACAUACAGAUAUUCCAGUAUUAUGACAAAAAACAUGUUAAAAAAAACAAAUAAAAUGAUUCCGCAUCACACUUAUAUUUUCUGAACAUUGUACCGUUGCUUUACUAUGUGCUUCAAUCGACGAAGCGAAAAAAAACAAACUUUGAAAUAAAUGCUCUUUUUAUAAAA